CAACCCAAUAGAGCUCACUAGUAGCAGAAUAAUAAUCCUGAACUGAGGAGCAGUAUCCAUGGCGUCCCCGGCGGCCUCGUGGGUCCUCUUCCUCCUCGCCGCCAUGACCGGUUGCGCCAGUGCAGCCACCUUCACCAUCAAGAACAACUGCCCCUACACGGUGUGGCCAGCGGCAACCCCUGUCGGCGGUGGCACGCAGCUGAACCCGGGGCAGACGUGGACCAUCAACGUGCCCGCCGGCACCAAGUCCGGCAGGGUCUGGGGCCGCACCGGCUGCUCCUUCAACAGCGGCGGCCGUGGGCACUGCGCCACCGGCGACUGCGGCGGUGCCCUCUCCUGCACCCUGUCCGGGCAGCCGCCACUGACGCUGGCCGAGUUCACCAUCGGCUACACCAACGGCCCCAAUGAUUACUACGACAUCUCGGUGAUCGACGGCUACAACCUGGCCAUGGACUUCUCCUGCAGCACCGGCAUGAAUCUGCACUGCAGUCGCCCUCGCUGCCCUGACGCGUACCUCUACCCGACCGAUGACACGAAGACCCAUGGCUGCCGCGGCAACAGCAACUACAAGGUGACCUUUUGCCCGUGAGAAAGGGACCAAAGGGACGGCACGGUGGUUGAACGAUAGUGCCUAUAGUGCUGCGUAUUGGCCACCAUACACUUUAUAUGGACUGGUGGGGAAUAUAAUAAGUUGAUGGAUAAAGAGAUGAUCGUGAAUCGUCCACACGCAUGUAUGUAACGUAAUAUAUACAUGCAUUAUCUACUUACUUUCUUUUGUGAAGCUUCAAUACAAUAAAUAAUUAAAUACAUCUUCCACGAAUAGAAGCAUAUAUGUGCUUGUGUA